AUGCCUCUGUGGGCUGACUGUUUUAACUUAUGGGUUGAUCCAACUUCAAUAACACACCAAGGGUCUUCUUCUGCACGAGUAAGGCUUAUGAAACAGUACCCUAGUCUCCAAAAAUUGACUACUGAUGAACAGCGGCUGCAAGGAUUGGUUUAUGCCAGAGAAGUUGGCAGCGGCAAAGUGAUAACGAUGGCUACCGCAGGUUGUGGUCAGCGACCACUAUUGAACUAUAGAAUUUGUUCUCCAAGAGGCAAACAACUAUGA